GACCGGAAGUGAUUGGUAGAGAGAAACAGAGGAAAAAACGAGCCUCGUGUGCGGUUAGCUCGUAGCUAAAGCUAAAAACACUUUGUUAAAAUGUCCAAAGGCCAAACGCUGAGAGCUUUGGUGAAUGAGCGGCUGACUGCGGCUGCUGAAGAGAUCUUUGCGCUGUUUGAAAGAACGAUAGCGGAGUAUGAGGAGGAACUGUGUCGCUCCAAAGAGGAGAACCAGAGGAAACAGGAGCUGCUGGACUCGGUGCUGAACCAGUGCACUCGACAGACUCAGACAUGGAUUAAAGAGGAGCCAGAGGACACGCUCCGGGCACAGCUCCCAGUGGGCGUCCAAGAGUCCAGUGCUGUCUGUGUGAAGACAGAAGAGUCCUCACUGCUUCAACAUAGACAAACUGAGCACAGAGAGGAAACACAGGGGGAGGACAUCAGCACAGAGCCACAUUUACACUCAGAGACUGAGGGACACAUGGAGCACUCCUCUGACACUGAAAAUGAUGAAGACUGGAGAGCUCCAAUCAGCUGUUCAGCUGCACAGAUGGAGACAGAGGCUGAUGGAGACCACUGCAACCAAGUCCAGAUCAGAGCCACCGCUGCACCAAACUCAUGUCUAUCCCACAAAUACAAGUCUGCACCAGAGACCAGUGCCACUGUGAACUAUGGAGACAUGUCAGGAACAGCCCAAGGAGCUGAGGGCAAGAAAUAUGAAUGCCCCAUGUGUCAAAAGAGGUUUGGCACUAUGCAGAAAUUACAAAGACACAUUAGAGUUCACACAGGAGAGAAACCGUUCAGCUGUUUAAUAUGUCAGAAAACAUUUUCUCAAAAGUAUAAUCUAGAUGUGCAUAUCAGAUUACACACAGGUGAAAGACCUUACAGCUGUUCAAUAUGUAUGCAAACAUUUGCUCAGAAGAAUACACUAAAUAUACAUAGAAAAAAACACACAGGUGAACGACCUUACAGCUGUUCAAUAUGUGAGAAGUCAUUUUCUCAGAAGUGUAAUCUAGAUGCACAUGUGAGAACACACACAGGGCAAAGACCUUACAGGUGUUCAAUGUGUGAGAAGACAUUUUCUGAGAAGAAUAAUCUAAGUAAACAUGUGAGAACGCACACAGGGGAGAGACCUUACAGCUGUUGCAUCUGUUAUGAGGGGUUUUCACAAAAGAUUCAUUUGAAAAGACACAUGAGAACUCACAGAACAGAAACUGACUGAUAUGAAAUGUCUUAAAAAUCGUAGAAUUGUGUGUUGGAGUCUGCUGCUAACGACUCAAAAUGCAGAUGUUUGACCUGUCGUCUGUGGUUAAACCUCCAGGACCUGAACCAUAACAGGAACAACCCUCUGAGCCACAGGCAGCUGCAGGCUGCACAUCCUGGAAAAUUACAAAAAAAGGCAAAAAUGUCCUGGAAAAUGAUCUUUGAAAAAGUCCAUCCUUUUGCUUUUUAUUAGUAUUGGAUAUUAAUUUGAAAGACCCUGUUUAUGUUGUCAUCAUAGUAAAAAGAACACAUAAAAAUACCGUAAAUCUCACCUGUUUUACACAACAUUUCUUGGUGAAGCAUCCCCAACCCUGUUUGGCCUUGGCCUCUGCCUGCUACACUUAGUUUAUUUCAUACCUUACUUUAUACCACUUUUGGUUAUUCUAAACCAAAGGUUGAAUUGCUAAUUUAUUUUUCAGUGGACUAAGUGUCACGUCACCCAUACCAUUCGGCUCCAAAUGAAGCUCAUCGAGGCUAGCAGUUAUAGCGGCCAAUUUGGAGUAGACCGAGAGAGACAAUCAAAGCUGUUGAAAGUAACACCAAUCCCCACUCCGCACCGCUGGUUUAGCAGGGAGCAGGCUCUUGGUAAUGCUGUUAAUCAAACCUGUUGCUAAUCAACCUCGGGGAAAGAAGGCACCUGAUUUGUCUGUUAUUAAUGUUCAUAUCUUGAUUUACAGACACAAUACUGAAAUAAAAACUCCAGGAUCAUGUAGAGCGGGUUAAUGUGAACAUUUAAGACCAAACUGACGAGUCUGACAGCCGCAGUUACAGAGAGAGGGGACACAGGUUUUUUACACAGAAAGACAGUUGGAGCCAGAGUUGAUGGGAAGUGCGUCCAUGAUCACUUCCUGUUUGGAACGCAGCGGCUAGCAGGUUAUCUAUGUCCAUUUAUGUUUACAAUCUAUGGGGAAAACGGAACUCUUCAUGAUGCUCGAGGCUGAACAAAUGGUCCUCAUUUAAUGGAACUGCCUCAUGUAAAGAUCAAAAUAAUGCAUUUUUUCAUUCAUCAGUGUAAUCUGUUUCACGUGCUAACAGCAGUUUAAGCUAGCGCAUUCAUACAUAAAAUCAAAUACUUUCAUCAUUUAAAAACAGCAAAAAAUUUUAAAGAAAUUUAUCUGUUAAGUGCUUCACAAAAUAUCAGCCAAAAUAAUUGUUUGGUGUAAUGUUUUUGAUUUGUGUUACUAUGAGGAGCUCAUAAGACACAAAGAAGAACUGCAGUUUACAGAAGCAGAGGGCUGAUAUGGCUCAGCGCCGUCAGAAAAAGAAAAGGAAAGAAAUGCUAGAGCACCUCUGCUGGCAAUCACAGCAAUUAUACCCUUAUACAGUGGUCUCACGCUAUAUCGCGGUUCACCUUUCGUGGCCUUGCUGUUUGGCGUAUUUUAGUGCUAUGUUGUUUUUUGUUUUGUUUUGUUUUUUUAACAAUGUAUGAGCGUGCAUUGUGUUCUGCGUUCUGAUUGGCUAAGGGACUGUAGACUAUUGUCCAUGAGUCUCCUCCGUGCUGUGUCUCCUGUACAGUACAGAAUGUUUUCAGACAAAUUUACAUAAAUGUUGGAUCACAGUGUGACUCUGAAGUGCUGUAUGUUUGUAAGUUUUCUCCCCGACAAAACCUACAAUGUCGAUGAAACAUUCUGCACCGACAGAUUUCAGAAACACUUUGGACUUAAGUGUUUCUCUGCACGGAGAGGCGCCUCUGUGGAUACCGCUGGAGCAGAGGCAUGAGAACAACACAUUUAAAGAGAACAUCGAGGAAGAGGGAUAUAAUAUACGAAGAUUUGAACUUUGAGAGUGUUUAAACAAGAGAGAAAAGUAAGAAAAUGUUAAUGCCUGUGUGAGAAAAGUGUGUGGUGAGGGGUUUACGGCUGCAAAACAUAUAAUUGUGAAAAAUAAAGCUGAGUACUUUGCAGAUUUCGCCUAUUGUGAGUUAUUUUUAGAACGUGACCCCCGCGAUAAACAAGAGACCACUGUAUAUAAAAUGUCGAAAGUAGCAAGAAAAGAGAAAUACAUUGAAUGAAG